CUUGCGGAUGACAUUUGUGGUCUUUUCCUUCAACAUGGAUUCUUCGAUUACCAGUUUUAGUACAUAGCUACGGCCAUUUGAGUUGAUUUACCCAAAUUCUUAAAGCUAUGGAUUUACAUCUACAGAGUAAACUCGGAAAGUAUAAACAUGCAAAUCUUUGUCUUUCUGAUGUUAUGAGGGCACUGCAUCAGUACCCUACCUUACCAGCAGAUCUGCAAAACUUUACACAUAAUGAUGGGAGAGAAGCUAAAUUACUUGCCCUGGAUGGAACACUUCCUGUUGUGAUCAGAGGUGUCACAUACAACAUUCCAGUGUGUGUCUGGCUGCAGGAGAAUCAUCCGUAUGUUCCCCCACUUGUGUAUGUCAAACCAACAAACACAAUGGCUAUCAAACCAUCUCAAUUUGUGGAUUCCAAUGGAAAAGUUUACCAUCCUUUUCUGCACGAGUGGACUUAUCCCAAAUCUGAUCUUGCUGCCUUGCUUCAGAUUCUCUGUGGUAUUUUUGCACAGCAGUCACCAGUUUAUGCAAAAAGUGCACCAACACCACCACAACCUAGUAGUUACAAUAUGCCACAACAGCCAAGCUACCUCCCUCAGUAUGGUGGUUACUCCCCCAAUCCGGGGGCCAUGCCACCAUACCCUGUUGGAACAUCUACAGGAAUGCCAAUGCCACAACCUGGGCCAGUCCCAGGCAACAGCCCAGGUAGACCAAGUGGUGGCAGACCUCCAUAUCCCCCUUAUCCUCCAGGAGGUGGGUCCAAUAUGGGACCAUCUAAUCCCCCAUACCCUGUGCCAAAUCAUGCAAGCUAUCCCCCUAGUACACAACCAUCUUAUUCUGGUCCAGCUGCCAGUAUUCCACAUGUCACUCAGGCUAAUUUGGACACAACUAACGGCACAACUGCAGUGAGCAGCACUUUGAAGGAUGAAGAAAUUAAGCUAUCACUACGGUCUGCAGUGGAAGACAAAAUAAGAAGAAGUUCAAAGGCAUUGUUUCAGCAAGCACAGAUUGAAUUAGAUGAGUUGAACAGAACCCAGAAUGAGUUAAAACGGGGAAGUGAAAAACUACAAGAUAUUUUACAGAAACUGGAAAGAGAACAGGCGGACGUGGACAACGACAUCAAAUUGUUAACACAAAAGAAUGAAGAGAUUUCUGAGGUUGUCAGCAAGUUAGAAUCGAAUUCUGAAAAUCUUGAAAUCGACGAAGCAGUAGUGACUACAGCACCUCUUUAUAAUCAAAUUCUCAACCUAUUUGCGGAGGAGAAUGCAGUAGAGGAUACAAUAUAUUAUCUCAGUGAAUCUCUGCGUAAAGAAGCCAUCGAUUUAGAAGUUUUUCUUAAGCACGUAAGGACAUUAUCAAGGAAACAGUUUAUGUUGCGAGCCCUUCUAUAUAAGGCAAGAAAAACAGCUGGAUUAACGGAAGUAGCAGGAUAAAGUUUAAUGUGUCUUUCUAGAUAUUUAGCCGUGUAAGCUCUGAAUUUGCCCGCCUAAGGGCGUUACUUGAGGUUAUUCUUUUCUUUUUGUAUUUUAGGUGGAGUAAUUCUCUUAGAUUGCACUGAACAGGACGAGAUUAUUCCACAAUUGAGGAAUAUUUUAAAGUGAAGUUUCGGUUAUUAUUCCACAAACCAAAUCUUUCGAAGGGCUCCUACUGAGGCCUGUAUGCAGCUCGUGAAAUUGUUUGUAGAAGUGAAAGAUCACCUCACGUGCAGCUCAAUAAAACUACAGCUAAUGAUCGUGAGACUAUUAUUUCGUUCUGCUCAUGAGGAAUUGGUUGGUUCUGCUUAUGUAAUGACUUGGACCAACUUUUCAAUCUAAUCUUCGAUGCUUUUAGAUAUGAUUUUUGCGGUGUAUAUGUGACUGAGAAGAUGUUUGUAGAGCUAUAUGAAAAAAUACUGUACCCAUUAAAUAACAAAAAUUGGA